AUGGCGCCCACAUACAACAUCGCCAUGGUCAGCGACUUCUUCUACCCGCAACCAGGCGGCGUAGAGAGCCACAUCUACCAGCUCUCAACCAAGCUCAUGGACAGGGGCCACAAAGUCAUCAUCAUCACCCACGCCUACGAAGGCCGCACCGGAGUCCGCUACCUCACCAACGGCCUCAAGGUCUACCACGUUCCCUUCCUCGUCAUCUUCCGCUCUGCCACCUUCCCGACCGUCUUCUCCUUCUUCCCCAUCUUCCGCAACAUCGUGCUCCGCGAGCGCAUCGACAUUGUCCACGGUCACGCCAGUCUAAGCAACUUUUGCCAUGAAGCCAUCCUCCACGCUAGAACCAUGGGUCUUCGGACUGUGUUUACCGAUCAUUCACUGUUUGGCUUUGCGGACGCAGCCAGUAUCCUCACCAACAAGUUGCUAAAAUUCACCCUGAGUGAUGUAGAUCAUGUCAUUUGCGUGAGCCACACCUGCAAAGAAAACACCGUCCUUCGCGCCUCCCUCGACCCCCUAAUGGUCUCGGUCAUCCCCAACGCCGUUGUAGCCGAAAACUUCAAACCCCUCUCCCCCUCUGAAAACCCCUCCUACCCACCCCCGGCCCGCCCUUUAGGUCCCCACGACAUCAUCACCAUCGUGGUCAUCUCCCGCCUCUUUUACAACAAGGGCACCGACCUCCUCACCGCCGCCAUCCCCCGCAUCCUCGAAAACCAUCCCAACACCCGCUUCAUCAUCGCCGGCUCCGGGCCCAAAUCUAUUGAUCUAGAGCAAAUGAUUGAGCAGAAUGUCCUCCAGGACAGGGUGGAGAUGCUCGGUCCGAUUCGUCAUGAAGAGGUGAGGGACGUGAUGGUACGAGGACACAUCUAUCUCCAUCCGUCACUUACGGAGGCGUUUGGGACGGUGAUUGUGGAAGCGGCAAGUUGCGGGUUGUAUGUAGUCUGCACGCAGGUCGGUGGGAUCCCGGAGGUCUUGCCCAGUCAUAUGACGGUGUUUGCCAAGCCGGAGGAGGACGACCUGGUGGCUGCCACGGGGAGGGCGAUCGCCUCGAUGAGGGCGAACAAAGUCCGCACAGAGUUGUUUCAUGCGCAGGUGAGGGAGAUGUACAGCUGGGAGAAUGUCGCGGUGAGGACGGAGAGGGUGUAUAACGGUAUCUGCGGCGCGAUUUCGGAGGGGGAGUUUUAUGGGUAUUAUGAGGGGGAUAAUGCGAAUAAUAGCUGGAGCGCGACGAGGGGGCGGUCAGGGGUGCAGAGUUUUGCGUUGAUUGAUCGGCUGAAGCGGUAUUACGGGUGCGGGAUCUGGGCGGGGAAGCUGUUUUGCUUGUGUGUGAUUGUGGAUUAUUUGCUGUUUUUGUUUUUGGAGCUGUGGUUUCCGAGGGAGGUGAUUGAUGUUUGUCCGGAUUGGCCGAGGAAGAAGAGGAAUGAUUUGAGUAGGGAGUAG